CUCUGCUGUGCUUAGUCACGCUGAGUUUCUGCUUUCAAUUUUCACACACACACACGCGCGCGUAGUCAGUGUGCGUCGCCGCUGAUGAUCCGUAAGUGUGAAGUUAUUACGGACUCAUAGUGACCAGAGGAAACCAUUAAACUACUAAAAAAGAGACAGAAUGAUACACUUUUGUCACUGUUCUGCCGUUUGUGUACUGUGAAACUGCAGUGUGACGCUCACCCAUAACGAGUCUGAUAUCUGUUCAAUCAUCUCAAAAGUUACUUAACAGUCAAAUGACUUGCAGCCCAGUUUCUCAUGUUGCUUUUCAUCAUGUAACUGCCUAGGAAGACAUCUCAUUAUUAUUGGGCUGUUAAAUAUAAUAUAUUCUAGAUGUUUCUUUUUCUCUCGAGGAAAAGACACAAAUAUGUGAGCGACAGACUGGUCGGCUUCUUCUCACCUGACAGGAUCACUGCUGCUGUGCUUUUCCUGGUUCUUGCCAUCACAAAUCAAAUCUGCAUGUGUUUUAUUUGAGCAGUACGAGCGUCAGGUGAAGGUGUACCACUAAAUCAAAUUCCCCUGCCAGAUUAUUCAUGAAAUGUCAUCAUUCGAGAGACAUCACGGACCUAAAUCUCCCAAAGAUCACGUGUGUAGAAGACCGUGAUCAGUGUGAAUAAUCAUGAGCUGUGUGCCACGACCUUUUCUAACAUUAAAUCUGACCUGAGUGACCCGUAAGACUCACCUUGUCUUUCCUCAAUCUGCUGAACAUCGUUUGCUUGCACUGGCGAGCGAGGAUGCGUGUGCCGGGCUGCAGCCGGUGAUGAUGUACGAGGCGUCUGGUAUGACGGAAUGUAAGGCGGAGGUCACUCCGUCCGCUCGGAAUGGGCACCGCGUGUUCAGCUACACGCUAGAAAGCCAUACGGCCGCCGCCUUCAAUAUCAUGAACGAGUUGCGACUAGAGCGACAGCUCUGUGACGUCACGCUGAGGGUGAAAUAUAAUGAUCUGGAGGCCGUGGACUUUGUAGCUCAUAAGGUGGUUUUGGCGUCUUCGUCGCCAGUGUUUCGUGCCAUGUUCACUAAUGGACUGAAGGAGUGCGGGAUGGAGGUAGUGUCCAUCGAGGGAAUUCACCCUAAGGUGAUGGGGCGAUUGAUUGAGUUUGCAUACACGGCGAGCAUCUCUGUGGGAGAGAAGUGUGUGAUUCAUGUGAUGAAUGGCGCUGUCAUGUAUCAGAUCGACAGCGUGGUGAAGGCCUGCUGUGAUUUCCUCGUACAACAGCUCGACCCGAGUAACGCCAUUGGCAUUGCAAACUUUGCCGAGCAGAUCGGCUGCACGGAGCUUCAUCAGAAAGCCCGAGAAUACAUCUACAUGAACUUCAGUCAGGUGGCCACACAGGAGGAGUUCUUCAACCUGUCUCAUUGUCAGCUGGUGACGUUGAUCAGUCGUGACGAGCUGAACGUGCGCUGCGAGUCGGAGGUGUUUCAUGCAUGUGUGGACUGGGUUCAGUAUGACCGCGAGAACCGCCGGCCGUACGUUCAGGCGCUGCUGCAGGCAGUCCGCUGUCACUCGCUCACACCGCAUUUCCUGCAGCGGCAGCUGGAGCACUUUGAGUGGGAUGCUCAGAGUAAAGAUUACUUGUCACAGAUCUUCCAGGAUCUGACGCUACACAAGCCGACGAAACUCAUCCCCUGCCGCACGCCCAAAGUCCCACAGCUCAUCUACACGGCCGGGGGGUACUUUCGUCAGUCGCUCAGCUACCUGGAGGCGUUCAACCCCUGCACAGGCGUGUGGCUGCGGCUGGCGGAUCUGCAGGUGCCUCGCAGCGGUCUGGCAGCGUGCGUGAUCAGUGGGCUGCUGUACGCGGUGGGCGGGCGCAACAACGCGCCUGACGGCAACAUGGACUCCAACACGCUGGACUGUUAUAACCCCAUGAACAACUGCUGGCUGCCGUGCGCACCUAUGAGUGUCCCACGCAACCGCAUCGGUGUGGGCGUGAUCGAUGGCAUGAUCUAUGCCGUGGGUGGGUCACAUGGAUGCGUCCACCACAACAGUGUCGAGAGGUACGACCCAGAGAGAGACUGUUGGCAGUUGGUGGCUCCCAUGUUGACGCGGCGUAUCGGAGUGAGCGUGGCCGUGAUAAAUCGUCUGCUGUAUGCGGUGGGCGGGUUUGAUGGGACACACCGGUUGAGUUCAGCUGAAUGUUACAACCCCGAGAGAGACGAGUGGAGGAGCGUCGCAUCCAUGAACACAGUGCGCAGUGGUGCAGGUGUUUGCGCGCUUGGGAACUACAUCUACGUGAUGGGCGGAUACGAUGGCACGAAUCAGCUGAACACAGUGGAGCGUUACGAUGUUGAAACGGACAGCUGGAGUUUCACCGCGUCCAUGCGACACAGACGGAGCGCACUCGGAGUCACCACACACCACGGACGCAUCUAUGUGCUGGGUGGUUAUGAUGGAAACACUUUUCUGGACAGUGUGGAGUGUUUUAACCCAGAAACAGAUACGUGGACUGAGGUGACUAAAAUGACUUCUGGUAGGAGCGGGGUCGGGGUCGCUGUAACCAUGGAGCCAUGCCAAAAAGAUCUCAACCCGUGUCAAAAACAUUAGUGCCCUAAUCUGUCUCUCUUCAUUAAAGGGAUAGUUCACCCAAAAAUGAAAAUUCUCAUUUAUUCACCCUCAUGCCAUCCCAGAUGUAUUUGAAUUUCUUUGUUCUGCAGAACACAAACAAAGAUUUUUAGAAGAGCAUCUCAGCUCUGUUGGUCCAUAUAAUGCAAGUGAAUGGUGACCAGACCUCAGAAGGUCCAAAAAAUGACAAAGGAGGCAUAAAAGUAACCAUAUGACUCUGUUGGUUAAAUACAUAUCUUCUGAAGCAAUAUGAUAGGUGUGGGUGAGAAACAAAUCAAUAUUUAAGUCCUUUUUUACUAUCAAUCUCCACCUUAGACCAGCCCCAACCAGUGGGUGGCUGAAGGUGAAAGUCACAAUUUACAGUUAAAAAAGGACUUAAAUAUUAAUUUGAUUAAUAACCCACACUUAUGAUAUUGCUUCAGAAGAUAUAGAUUUAACCACUGGAGUCUUCUGGAUUACUUUUACAUGUAUACUGCCUUUUGGGCCUUCAAAGUUCUGGUCACCAUUCACUUGCUUUGUGAGAACCAUCAGAGCUGAAAUAGUCUUAAAAAUCUUUGUGUUCUUCAGAAGAAAGUAAGUCAUACACAUCUGGGAUGGCAUGAGGGUAAGUAAAUGAUGAGAGAAUUUUCGUUUUUAGGUGAACUGUCUCUUUAAUUACCUUUCUCUGUGUGUCAUUAGCACACAAUAAAUGUAUUCAGACUUCAGUCACAGUAUAAAUGAAACGGGAUCUUCAGCGGAGCUUGAAAUGUCAUGAUUUGACUAUCAAAUGAAAAAUGGGCUUGAGGAGUUUUUCUGCACGAUUCAUUUCUUCAAUUGCCAAUGUCUUAGUCGAGCAGAGAACCCUCAGUGUGAAGAUGAAUCACAGCAGAACUUACAGAAGACCAAGUCAUACUGUGCUUUACGUUCACAUUUGCGUGGAUGUCCAGCUCUGCGUCUGUGUUUAAUAAAGCUCAUGACCCCCCCGCAUCAAUAUCUGCUCACCGCAGACGGUGCAGUGUCAGUGUGCCACCAACACAAUACUGUCAUAUAGGAGGUCUGAACCCAAAAGACCCGACUCUCAGCUAAUAAAGUUUAAAAUCACAUUUGACUGCGGUCAAGCUGUUUGCCUAAAAACACCCCAAACGUUUUGUAUUCUGUUUUUUACAUCAAGAUUUUGAUGACCCUUUGACUCAAGAUUUUGAAGUCAGUAUCUUUCACAGAAAUUAGCUGAAGAUCAACCGGAGAACUUCAGAAAUGUAUAAACCUACAAGAAAAAAAAAAAAAAGAGUUUUGAAGCAAUUCUGGAUUUCUCAACUUGUAUUCCAGCCUACAGAUGCAUUUGAUGCCAACAAAUGUAGCUUUUGCUCAAAUGAAAGAUAAUUUUCACCACCUAUGUUUGUAAAACCAAUUUAAGCUGCUAUUUCCAGGGAGUUUUGUACAUUGGUGUUGCAUGAAGUCUUGUACAUUGUUUUUCUUUUAUUUAUUUGAGACAUUUUUUUGAGAGACUUUGUUCUUGGUUGAUUAGCUCAUGUUAAAACUCGAUGGACUGAACUUGGGUUCGUCUUUACAAAUCAAGCUUUUUGUUUACAAAGAGAUUCGUCAUUGAUCACUGAAGUAUAAAAGGUUGUUUAAAUUCUGCUUUGUAAAUUUUACAGCAACCAGUACAUUGUACAAAUAUUGUAUAUUAAAAGCUGACGUUUCUUGUG